AGCCUUGGACGUAUAUAUAAGACAUGUCAGAGACACCAAGAACAGAAGAAGCAUCCAGGAGCAUCUGAAACGAACACUUGAAAUCUACUGAUCAUCGAGAGAUUUAAAAUGACUGGAGCUGCUGUGUCCGUGUGCCUACUUUUUCUCCUGUCUGUAUGUUCAGCCUGUUACAUUUCUAACUGUCCUAUCGGUGGGAAGAGGUCCAUAAUGGAUGCACCACUGCGCAAGUGCAUGUCGUGUGGCCCCGGAGAGAGGGGCCGCUGCUUCGGCCCAAGUAUCUGCUGCGGGGAGGGCCUCGGCUGUCUGCUGGGCUCCCCAGAAACAGCUCACUGUGUGGAGGAGAACUACCUGCUCACCCCUUGCCAGUCAGGAGGGAGACCCUGUGGAUCUGAGGGCGGACGCUGCGCUGCUUCAGGGCUCUGCUGUGAUGCAGAAAGCUGCACUACAGACCAAUCCUGUCUCAAUGAGGAGGAAGGAGAUGACCAAACCAGCCUAUUGGAAGGCAGCGACCCCAGUGACAUCAUCCUCAGGCUCCUGCAUCUGGCUGGUCACACUUCUUCUCACCGAAUUCACUAAUGAGCUGCUCCUGCCACCAAGGUCUCAUGGGAAACUUUUCAGCUGUAUAGACAAAAUUGGACUUGUAGUUGUAGAUCAUAUAGUUGUAUUUCUGUUUGUCAUCAUCACUCUGAUUUUGUUCUUUUCCCCUGGAA